AGAGAGAGAAAGAAAGAGAGAGAGAGAGAAAGCAGAUUGAGUAAACACCAGGACUGGAGUGGAGUGUCUGCACCUUGGUUUCCCUUCAGUUGCUCCCCUGGGUUCUGUUUGUCUUCUAUUCUUGACUUGGCACCUGUGUAACAGGGAUAAUCAGUUACUACACUUUGUUUACUAUGAAAUUAUGACCAUUUCCUAGACUUCCACAUCAGUUCCAGUGCAGGAGGUGAAUAAUUACUUGAAGACUCCCCUGCUUGCAAAUCCAGACUGAUGUUUUGGGUUAAUUUCUUUCUUUGGGGUUUGAAAAAAAAAUUUUUUUUAAGUAUAAAUAUUUUUCCAGUGCAGUUUAAAUGAGAUUUAAGACUUUUAAGACUAUCUUUAUUUAGAACUAAGCUGUUCAGAUUUUUCUAAUGUUCUUUCUUGAUUUUCAGUCUAAAUUUGUAAAACUCUAAAUGAAAUAUCUUACUUUGUGAUAAAUGUAGCCCUGAAAAGUGAAGUGAAAAUACAUAUCUAUAUUUGGCAUCCAACUGUAUAACCAGCAAGUAUUGACUGAAACGUUUUUUUCCUGCCUUAUAGUUUGUGAUUUAAAAAAUAGCUUGGAAGUUCUAAGAAGUCCAUGACUUAUGAAGGAUUCUGUAUAAGACCCUCCACUGUGUACCUUAAGAUCCUAAUGAUUUUAAGUUAGAAAUAACCUUAAAGCUAGUAGUAAAAACUAUCUCCCCCAACCAUUCCAUAAAUGAGGCAAUAAGCUUUUAGAUAAAAACUGAUUUUUAAAUAAGCUUUAAGAUAGGAUUCCAUUUAUAGAAAUGAAUACAUACACAUUUUUCAGAAACAUGAUUGUUAUGCAAUAGGCUGUGCUUAUCACUGAUCAGAGGCCAUAAAGGCAGGGAAGUGGGCUUUGGGAGCCUUACCAGAUGGGAUUCAGUUUAGUCCUACACUGACUCUCAAGUAGUAUCAUUUGAUCAAAUAUUUAAAAUGGAGAUGGUAACUUCUAUCAUGGAAUGAAGAUUAAAUGCCACAAAUAACAUUUUUUUUGCAUAUAGCAGAAACUAAAAAUAUGGUUUCUUUCUACUUAUGUUCUCAUUAAAAAUCCACUUACUGAAGAUAUCAAUGUGACCUUUACAACAAUAGUAUUUAGGAAACUCUUUGGGGGAAAUUAUGUGAAAUAAAAAAAAAAAAAUUACUACUAGCUUAGAAUUUUUGCUACAUUAAAAUUCACUUUAUGUUAAAACCAGAGGCUUCAUUGUUGAGGUGGAACCAAUUCUUAAUUAUCUAGUUUUCUUGGUUACCCACUUUGAAAAUAGUUUCAAAAUAGUGAAAGGUAACAUUUCUGUUAUUCACAUCCAGUGAAAGGCAGAUAAACACAAGUUCCUUGGAAUGAUGUUUUUGGUGCAUGAGCUCCUUCUAGUUUCUGAACUAAAGAAAUAAGUACCAUUAAUUCAGUAAAUUACUCAUUUCCUUUGGCUAAAACUUUUCUGGGUAGAAAAAUAAUCAAGUGGCAGGCUCCUUGCCUUUUCCCUUAUAGAUUUUCUUGAGUUUGAGAAUGCUCUACAGUACUGUUGCCACUUUUUCAGGGUCAGUGCCUACAUUGGUGAAAUCAAUCAACUUACCUCAUUUACCACCCCCCCAACCCCUCUCCCCUCAUUUGAACACAACAGAAUACUCAACAACCAAAGAAACCUUCACAGGUGGAAAAGAGCUUUGGGGAAUUUUCUUGAUCUGGACAAAUUAACCCAAUUAACUGGGGAGUCAGGAGAUAAAGAUAGAUUCUCUUACACAUUAAUUCCCCAGUUAAGAGGGGAAAGACACAGAGGAGAUGCUAGAAAACUUAAGUGAGGUAGCAACUAAAAAGAAGUGAAACAAGUUGUUUUUCUGUCUUAAAAAAUUUUUGCCAAGAGCCUUCCAAUCAUUUACCUCAGCAAUCUUAUAAAGAAUUUUUAUUGUUGCUAUAUAUGGCUCAAAUGAGUAGACACCAAAAAUUAAUUGCAUAAUAAUAACAUCACAUAUCUGUAAAGGGCUUUGCAGCAUGCAAAACACGUUCACCUACCUCAUCUCAUUUGAUCCAUGUAACAACUGUAUCAGGGAGGAAGGAUGAUCUUAUUGGCCUCAUUUAAAGAUUCCUAUUUAUGCAAGGUCAGGAGGCAGAGUUCUUAGCAAGGCCAGCAGAAAGAUACCCCCUUCUCCCUUGCUUUAUAAACCCCAGCCUCAGCAUUCUGUUUUUCUAUAGAAUACUGUGAAUCUGGUAACUGCAAUAGGACUAGGAUGGUAAAAGGAACGUGUAUCUGGAGUAGAACAGAAAAAUUAUUAUGCCUGUGCUCCCUUGGGACUCUUUGGAAAUUGUACUGUGACAUCUUCUGGGACUUAGUCUGGAGUGUGCAGAUUGGUGCCUAAAAUGGAAGUAGAUAUAAAUGGGGAGUCCAGAAAUACCCUGACCACCCUACCCUUACCUGUGGCUGAGGCGAGCUCCCCAGGAAAAGCAGAGGCGGAGAAGCCUCGCUGCUCCAGCACACCCUGCUCACCCAUGCGGCGAACUGUGUCAGGCUACCAGAUCCUCCACAUGGACUCUAACUAUUUGGUUGGCUUCACAACUGGCGAGGAACUCCUGAAGUUGGCCCAGAAGUGCAGUGGAGGUGAAGAGAGCAAGGGAGAAACCUUGCCUUCCUUUCGCUCCAAACAGCUGGAUGCAGGACUUGCACGUUCCUCUCGUUUGUAUAAAACCAGAAGUAGGUACUACCAGCCAUAUGAGAUUCCAGCUGUCAAUGGCAGGAGGCGAAGGCGGAUGCCCAGCUCAGGAGACAAGUGCACUAAAUCCUUACCUUAUGAACCUUAUAAGGCCCUCCAUGGGCCCCUGCCUCUUUGUCUUCUUAAAGGUAAGAGGGCUCACUCCAAAUCUCUGGACUACCUCAAUCUAGAUAAAAUGAACAUCAAGGAGCCAGCUGACACGGAAGUGCUACAGUACCAGCUUCAACACCUAACCCUCCGAGGGGACCGAGUGUUUGCUAGGAAUAAUACAUGAAUGACUCUCACAGUUUAAGUCACUUUAGGUCAGCCUGCCCUUGGCUAGAGAAAAUCCACUGUUGUACUCUGUACAUGACUCUUCACAUUAUAGAUGGUUAUAUCAGCUAAGUGUUCCUGGAAUAUAAAAAUUGUUUGGAUCAAAUUUUGAAUACAGGAAUGAAAUCACAGGUACUUGGGGGGAGGGUAUCAUGCUAGAGCACGCAACUGCAAAGAAAACAGAAUGUUGACUGUUAGUUUGUAUAGCUCUUUAGCUAGGAAAAAAAAAAAAAGGCUUUGGGACAGUAAUUUUAUCUUUAUGAUUCUGACACUCAAAUUGGGAAUGUUAUCUGCUUGGUUGUU